AUUUCAUAAUUUUAUUUUAGGGGAUUAGGUAACACUGUUUCGGAAGGUAUUAUCUGAGCGUGUCAGUGUCAGUUGUGCCUCCGCUUUCACUGACAGCAGACAUACGGUUCUGAAGGCUGGUUGAUCAGAAGGAGAGAUGAGGUUUCUCGUUGCAGCGUUCUUGCUUGUAAUGUUUGCAGGACAUGUUUACUCAAAUGAUUGGGAUGGUUUUUUUGCGAACAAGCAGAAGUCCCUGUUAGAAUACUUUCGUAAAAUUGAUAAUGAUAUCAAGAAAAAGGGGAACAGCCAAACCCUGUACCAAAGUGUCAACCAAGGACCCCACUACAGCUUCGGAGAAGGCUCUACGCAAACGCAACACGUCUUACAAGAAGGUCAGGGUGACGUCACAGUUCAGAACGUGAUCCAAGGCCCUUCAGUUCACUACGGCGAUAAGAAGCUCACGAAGCCCCUGCAGACGCAAGCGGUGCAUCAGCAAGGGAAAGGCCUGGUAGUGGUGCAAAACGUGGUACAGGGGCCGAGUGUUCACGUGCCCAAGUUUGACUUUCCUGAUAUCAAGGAAAAAUACAAUUGGAUACCAUGGAACAAAUGAGCGGGAGGUCGUAUUGACGGAUGGACGGAUGACGUUGCGAAACAAAGGGGAAUGCUGUUUUUUAGGAAAUUAAUUGAAUCUUUAUGUUAUUGUUUAUCGUAUGAAUUAGUUUUUCUUGCAUUUCUGUUGUUGUUUUUAAUGAACAAGUAAAAAAAUGGCACACAUAAUAAUAAUGGUCUUAAGAUAAUGACAGCA